AAGCCAAUUCAUUCCAUUGCGCCCGGCACGGGACUCGCCCUUAGCUGCCGCCAUGUCCAAAGACGACGCCGAACCCUCGUACAUUGACUAUGAAGCCUUUCUCGACCCAGACUUUUCGGCAACGUCCUUUGCCAACACACUCGUCCUCUCGACCAACAACCCCUCCGACACCCCGCUAGACCUGUCGACACCGUUGUCGCGCGUUCUUUUCGAUGUCCAGGAAGUCGACACGCACAUUGACACGCUUACGACCAAGUCGGCAUUGCCGCUGCUGGAGCACACGCGCGAACAUGCAGACUCGAGUGCGCGCAUCCUGCACGAGGUGGAAGGCCAGGUUGCCAGUCUGACCGAGUCGUACCGCACGCUAGAAAAAGAAGUCAUUGAGCGGUACGAAGUCGCUGCCCAGGUCCAACUCACCGCCGAACGACUAUGCGAGACGGUCAAGCUGGGGCGCGCAGUAGCCCGUUGUCUGAUGCUCGGCCGCCAACUCGAAGUCCGCAUGGCAGAGCUGGGCGGCGUAGGCAGUGCAAAGAAGGAAGACCACCGAGCCAUGGUGCGCUCUACCGACACCAUUCUCUCCCUCCGUCAAAUCCUUUCUGCCUCGAAACCAGGAGAAGAAGGCGAAGGUCUCGACCGCAUCAACGCAAUCAACACUCUAAAAGCCGAACUCGUAAACCCAGGUGAACGCAGCAUCGCCUCGCGCGCCAACCAAGUAAUCAAGGAAUUCUCAAUGUCCUCGUUACUCUCCUCCUCUGCUACCGCUUCCUCCGCAUCCACCUUUUCGCAGAACGAAGACACAAAAGCCCGCACGACGUCCGCUCUACAGACGCUCUACUUGCUCUCCCCCUUACCAUCAUCAUCAUCAUCAUCACCAUCUUCCACA